AUGCAGACCGCCGCGCUGCGGGGCGUCGCCGACGUGCCCUCGCAACUCGCCAAGCAACUCCAGCGCGCGGCCGCCCCGCCGCCCGCGGGAUUUCCCCCGGGCCCUCCCGACGACGUCGCGGUGGCGCUCGGCGCGGAUCCCCUCGCGUUCAUCGUCGACACGCAGCGGCGACACGGCGACGUCGUCGGGCUAUCCCUCGCGGGUGAGCGCGUGGUGCUCGUCUCCGACCCGAAGGUGGCCGCGGACGUCAUGAUCGAUCGCGCGGGGCUCUUCGUCAAGGAGGGCACCGCGUUCUUCCCCGGGUCGUCGCUCGCGGGUGAGGGUCUGCUCGUCAGCGACGGCGAGUCGUGGGCGAGGCAACGCCGGCUCUCCAACCCGGCGUUCCGCGCAGCCGCGGUGGACGCCUACGCGACGGCCAUGGCACGCGCCGGGGCGGAGCUGCUUAGAAACGAGUGGGGCGCGCGUUCGGUCCGCGAUUGUUACGAAGAUUUCAACGACCUCACGCUUCGAAUCGUCGCCGAGGCUCUCUUCGGCGCGGACGUUCGAGGCAAACGCGCCAGGGAGAUCAACGGCGCCAUCAAGGAGGCGUUCGAGUUUUUCGGAAGACGAUCCGCGACGGGGAUGAUCGUCCCGGAGUGGGUCCCGAUCCCCGAUAACUUUGCGUACAACGCCGCGGUGACUCGGCUGGACAAAGCCGUCUAUUCGCUCAUCGCCGAACGUCGUCAGAAACGGGUCAACGGCUUGGAGAGCGUCGAGAACCCCGACCUUCUCGACAGGCUUCUGGACGCCAGGGACGACGGCGAGGGCGGCGACGGAGGGGGCAUGGACGACGUGAGUUUGCGAGACGAGCUCAUGACGCUCAUGGUGGCGGGUCAGGAGACGUCCGCCAUAUUACUCUCGUGGUGUUGCGUCAACGUCGCGAGUAACCCGCGGUGCGCGGCGAAGCUCUCGGAGGAGGCCGCCGCGGUGAUCGGCCCGGAUCCGCUGAACGAUCUGCCGAACGCGAGCCACUACUCGCGUCUGAAGUACGCCGAGGCUGCGGUGCUGGAGACGAUGCGAAUGCAGCCCCCGGCGUACAUGGUCGGCAGGUGCUGCGCCGAGGACGUGUUCAUCGCGGGGGGCAAGUACGCGCUGCCCAAGGGAACGACCGUCCUGAUCGCGCCGUAUCUGCUGCACAACGACGCGAGGUACUGGGACGCGCCCGGGGAGUUCCGGCCGGAGCGUUGGCUCGAGCCGGGAGGCGGCAUGGGCCCCGGGGGCGUGUACGUGCCGUUCGGCGCGGGCCCGAGGGUCUGCAUCGGCACGGGCUUCGCCAUGAUGGAGAGCGCGCUGCUCCUGGCGAUGGUGGCCAGGGCGGUGGACGUGCGACUGAGGCCCGGGGCGGAUCCGCCGAGGCCGAGGGCGCUCAUCACGCUGCGACCGGAGAACGUUCGUUUGGACGUCGUGCCGAAGCGACGAUGGUGGUGAGUGGUGGCGAGAUCGAGGAAUCGGAACGUCAUCUCACGCGUAAGUGUUAUUAAUAAGAUUAACAUUAGCCGG